CUGACAGGAGAAGAAAAAGAACUGACAGAAGAAGAAGAAACCCGAUUAAAUUUAGAAGAAGAAAAAGAAGAAGAACAAGAAUUAAAAUUAUCGGAAGUGAAAGAAAUAGUAAAAAACGAGGAGAAACCAUUCCUAGAGAAAAAUUCAAAAAUUUUAAAAAUUAAAAAUUUAUCAAUAUUUGAUGAAGAUAAAUAUGGCCUAUUAUCAUUCUUCAAAUCAAACGAGUUUAAAAUUAAUUGUUAUGGAGAAACAGAAAAGGAAAAUGAAAUUGAGAAAAAAUUGGGUGUUUUGGAGUAUGAAUAUAAGGGUAAAAUUUAUAUAUUUUUUGAAAUAAAU